AUGAAGACGAUGCAAGGUUCUUGGAACUUUUCUAACGACGACGUUUCGGUCCCUCCUGCAGCACCACCACCGGUAUCCUCCACCACCGCCUCAACGAGCCUAUCGUUCGAUAAAGAGGAGACUCCAGAGUCAAAGAUCGAACGGCUGAUAUCUGAGCAUCCGGUUAUCAUAUUCACUAGAUCCUCCUCAUGCUGCAUGUGUCACGUCAUGAAAAAGCUUUUAUCGACCGUUGGAGUUCACCCAACGGUGAUCGAGGUCGACGACGAAGAGAUCGCUUGCCUCGCCGUUAAAACCGCUCCGGUGCUCUUCAUCGGUGGUGGUUGUGUCGGUGGGUUCGAGUCUCUUGUGGCACUUCACCUUAGUGGUCAUCUAGUUCCUAGACUUGUUGAGGUUGGAGCCUUAUGGUCAUAAUUUUGCUUUUUAAAAAUCUAUAACUAAUUAUGAAAAUUUGAUAAUAAACUCCAUUGUAUAUUUCAUGAUCUACUAUUUUCUGUUCUUAAUUCUGAAAUCGUUACACAAAAAAAAGUUGUAUUUUUU